UUACCACUGUACCAAGGAGGCGUCUUUUUGAGGCGAAUUUUUGGAAAACAUAAACAAAUUUUAUUAUUUAUUUUAGAACAAGCUCAUUCUUCCGUGGAGCGUGCAGGUCUACUUGGGGGAGUAAAACUGCGUACUUUAUCGCCAGACAGCAAAAGGAGUUUGAGAGGAGAUACCUUGCGUGCAGCGAUAACAGAAGAUAGAGAAAAAGGCCUAAUUCCAUUCUAUGUGGUAGCUACACUAGGCACGACAUCGUCAUGUGCCUUCGAUAAUCUCGAUGAAAUCGGUGACGUGUGUCAAGAUCUUGGUGUUUGGCUACACGUUGAUGCUGCAUAUGCUGGAUCAGCAUUCAUAUGUCCUGAAUAUAGAUAUUUAAUGAAGGGAAUCGAAAAAGCUGAUUCGUUCAAUUUCAAUCCUCACAAGUGGAUGUUUGUUAACUUUGAUUGUUCAGCCAUGUGGCUGAAACAGCCGCGCUGGAUCGUAGAUGCUUUCAAUGUAGAUCCUCUCUAUUUAAAACACGAUCAGCAAGGCUCAGCGCCCGAUUAUCGUCACUGGCAAAUUCCUCUCGGACGUCGUUUUAGAUCCCUCAAGCUCUGGUUUGUGUUGCGACUUUACGGAAUCGAAAAUCUACAAAAAUUAAUUCGCAAACAUAUUGCAUUGGCGCAUUACUUUGAGGAACUUUGCAUAGCCGAUGAGCGAUUCGAAGUCGUUGAAGAAGUUAUCAUGGGUCUCGUUUGUUUUAGACUUAAAGGUGAUAAUGAAAUUAAUGAAACUCUUUUGCGGCGUAUUAAUGGCCGCGGAAAGAUUCACAUGGUGCCAUCUAAAAUUGAUGAUUGUUAUUUUUUGAGGCUUGCUAUAUGUUCGCGCUUUAUUGAGGAGAGCGACGUUCGUGAGUCUUGGGAAGAGAUCCAAGCCGCAGCUAACGAAGUUUUGCAAUAAAUAAAAAAAAUUAUCAAUGUAUUAAUACCUAAGGUAUAUAUGUACUCCGGUACUUACAUAUAUUUGAUCAUAAGUAUAAAAUAUUUAGAAAAUUUUACCCGGCUAUAAACGUGAGUGUGGUCUAUCAAAUAUGUACCUAAUCUGUUAACAAUUUUUUAUGAUUGAUUUUGCUGUUUUAAAUUUUACUUACGUUUUUAUAAUAAACUUUACCGAUCAUAGCUAUUACUUUACAGUUUUAUUAAUUAUGUUCUUUAACAUAAGUGUUUAAAAAAGUUAACUUAAAUUUGAACAUUUAUUAUGAACAAUGCUAACAUUACAUUAAGUAGGAACAUACUUUAUAAUCAAGAUCCCUUAAUAUUUAAAGUUCCUUUGUGUUAACAAAUUUUUUGUAAAGUUAACGUAAUACAUAAAUAAAAUUCAUUAAAUUUAUUGUUAAUAAAAAUAAAUAAGUUAUUUGCAUACGUAGAUACAUUUUUCCCUAUUAAUGUUGUUAAUAUGACUUGUAGUCUGUAGCCUUAUCAUAUGCAAAUAUUACUUACGUUAGGACUGUUGACGUUUAGAAAAUAUAUUAGAGCCGUUCGAAAACUUUAUUAUCUAUAUUACCCAAUAUUAGUACAAAAUAAGGAUACGCUAUUUGUGUAGGCAUUUAAGACGUUGCAUACUCAGACGAAAAGAGCAACACGUUUAGUCUGAGAUUGCAUAUUAUCAUAGAUAUUAGUAGUGAUGUUCAAUAAUGUAGAACAAUUUAUGUGUUCAAAUUCAAGAUGUGAAAUAAAUGUUGAAAAAGGAA